UAUGCCAUAUCAAUUCUUCUCAUUAGAAAUUUUAGACUUCAAGAGGACAAAGCCGAUAUUUAAUUUUUUAUACUUAAUAUCAAUAAUUUUUAGAUUUAGGCUAUAAUGUUUCAAUUGCUAAUCUCAACUGGGAUAGGAAUAAAAAAAUUAUAAAUUAUAAUAGAUUUUUACUUAGAAGACUACUUAUAACAUUCAACCAAGGCUUAUGUCCAUUUUAUCAAACAUGAGAAAUUUAUGUGAACAGGUUCAAAACUUCAAAUAAAUCAGUUUAUAAAUCAAAUUGCAAACCAACAAAUUUCAUAAUUGAAAAAAUAAAAUAGUUGCUCCAAAUGCCUCUUUU